UGUACAGUCAUUACGGUAACUGUAGGCUGCGGAGCCCCUGUGUCCGACAGACCCGGAGUUGCACUGAAAGACACUGCGCCGAACAGCCAGGGUUACAUGAGCAGUGUUGCGGAAUUAAGUCUGACAUGAAAUCACAGCUGAGCAACAGAUCUAAGAGCCAGAUCUCUGUCAUAGGUCUUGGAUGUUAGCCUUUCCUCUGAGCCACAGACAACAUCCCAUCUAGCCAGGUGUGACUAGGAGGCUGUCCCUCUUGGAUUUUGGUAUUCCUCUGACAAACUUGACAUCAAACCUGUGAGAUUUGGAGAGAGGACAGAUUUUUUGCAUCCAGCGUGACUCAUCCUCCAGUCCCAGUCCGCCUAACCAGCCAGAAGCCAGAAGGAGAGACCCCACCCCUUGCCCACCCUCCCCUGCUGCUAGCUUGCACCAGCAUGGCAGACAGUCGACAGCCAGAAGAUGGUGCCCCCCAGUGGGACCCAUCAGGGGGGCAGGAGCCUACAGGCACCCAUGGAGCCAAUGGCUACUCUUCCUCCGCCUACAGGACCUGCCAGCCUGGUGGGGCGCACAUGGCCACAGGCCCCUACUCGGCCAGGGAGAAUGGAUUCAAUGGAGAGCUAACUGGAGCCCCUGCUAUAACUGCAGAGCAAGUGUCAGCGCGGAUUGUGCAGGAAGUGACGGCAGAGGCAGUGGCGGUACUGAAGGGAGAGCAGGAGACUCAGAGGCUGCCAUCAGUUGAAGACACCACAAAUUUGCCUCCCUCUCCUCCCCCCUCACCUGCUGCAGAGCACUUUGGUCCUCUGGAACAAGAUGUAGGGGAUGAGGAGGAGGCGGGCCCUCUCCGCCGCUUCCAAAAUUCUCGGGAGAGGUGCAAGUUCCUCGCCCCCUCCAUCUCAGUUUCCGUGCCCGAGGACGACCCCUACCACUCCGACGAGGAGUACUAUGAGCACCCAUUGUUCAGCCCAGAGUGGACGCACUCGGGCUCUCGCCCCACAGGGCAGGCCGUGGCCUUUAGACAGAUUGAAGAAGAGACCAUGGAGGCUCUUACAGCUGAUUACGAGGAGGAGGUGGAAGAGGAGGAGGAGGAGGAGGAGAGUGCAGAGGCAGCAGAGUCCGAGGCAGCUCUUGAUGAGCAGCAGUGGAGCGGGGAAGAGCCCGAGCUGGACAGCCCCCAAGCUGAGCCCUUAGAGCAGGCAGAGGCCAUAGACGAGGCCCAGGAUCUAGACCUGGAGCCAGACGAAGCAGCUAGUGCUGCUGCAGAAAGCUCUUUGGACAGAGAGGAGGAGGAAGCAGAGGGUGGGGAGAGCUCUGACACAGCUUUGAAGAUGGAUUCAGACAAGCAGGGCAGCGAGAAAAGUGGUUCCAUGAGCCCAGACAGCAUUGGAUCGGAGAAACGCCCGGAGGAGUUUUUUGAGCCCCAGAUGCAAGGGUUCUUUGCUGGUGAACGAGUUGUACCAGAGAGCCCCACUAUGGAUAUGCCAUCCUUUGUAUCUCCGAAUGUUCAAAACCAAGCCAAAGAAUGUGUCAGAUCACUCACACUCCAGCCUACAUAUGGCGAGCCUAUUACAGUGUCAGAGAAACAGCCAUCAGUGGAGGUGGUGGAGAUCAGCAGCAUAGGUUCUCCCUCUGAUUUCUCAUCACUGGGAGACAAAGUUCAAGGAGGAGAAUCACCGAGGGAUGCUAGAGACAGAUCUGGCAUGUCAGCAUAUUUUGAAACAUCAGCCAUGGAUGUUGAUGAGGCGCCGCAAUCUAAAGGUGAGGGUUAUUACGAACUGAGCAGAUCUGGUGAAGAGAAGAGUCCGGCUGAUGGCAGGCCUGAGGAGAUCAGCUACAGCACACUCACUGAAGCUCAGGAUAAACCCGAAACUAAAGAAAGUACAGCAGAGGACACUAGAGUGUUCACAGUUCCUGACAGGAGUAAUGAAUGCCGGCUUUCCCCGGGUAAAUUGGCCUUAGAGCAGAGGAGUUACUCACUUAACAUCACCAUUGGGGCAGUGGAUCCGAGUGGCCAAGGGAAACCAAGGAACUUCUCCCCGCUGGCCACAGAUAUCAUGUCAUACACUAGUGGAAGUCUAGACGAUUCAGCAGACUACCUCCCAGUCACUACACCCUCUGUGGACAAGCCUCCAUUGUUGCCUCCCCUGAUCCUGGAGACUGCAGCUUCCAUAACUUCAGAUUCCUCAUCUCCCCCAAGGACCACAGAACCAGUUUCAAAACACAGCCCUGAAUCAGAGUCGCCAGAAUCACCACAGCCCCCUAAGAGCGCAUAUAAGAAUGGCACAGUGAUGGCACAAGACUUGCCUGAGAUGCUGGACCUUGCUGGUACCCGCUCCAGGCUGGCAUCAGAAAACACUGACCCAGAAAUCACACGGAGAAAGUCAAUACAAGCUGAUGCCCCACUCUUUGCUGAUGACCCACUGGCUGGCUUAGUUUCAGGGGAACAAAGCCCCGGGGCCAGAAAGAGUGAUAGCCAGCUGGAAGAGAUGGGCUAUUGUGUGUUCAGUGAAUAUUCAGGGCCCAUGCCAUCACCUGCAGAUGUAUUCAGCCCUACAAACGCUUCUGCACAGGCCUUCACUCCCUCUGUCCUGGAGGAAAAAGUGGCUGAGCAAGCUAGGAAAUUAGCAGUCAGAGACACAUCUGUGGAGGACAAGAGCCAGCCAUCAGGAGGUGCUGAUGUCACAGAGGAGACAGACCAGAAGCAAGAAGAGACAAAAGAUUCUGCUGAAGAAAAGAGCAAGGAGGUUGCAGAUGAAGAGUCCAAAAAAUCUGUAAGUGAGACGCCAAUUGCUCAACCGUGUGAUUCCUUUGUGACACCAACAGUGACCGUGACUCUAGAAGAAGGUGGAAGGACAGAAAGUGAGACUGAACGACAAGCCAGUGGCGAAGGCUCGGCGUCAGAAACCGAGAUCGCCGACUACGAGAGGCAGAUCCGCAAAUUGGAGAUGGAGGACAGGCCUCUGAGUUUGGAGGAGGAAAGAGAGCUGCAGGAGCUGCGGGAGAAAGUGAAGCUGGUCCACCAGGAGGCCUAUGAGGAAGUGGAUGCCGAAGAUGUAUACCAGCUGACCGGUGUGGCCAAGGACCGGAUUGCCAGGCCAGUCAAAACGUCACCUGCUUCAUCUGUGGACAGCAACAUAGACGAUGACAAGCUGCUCUCCCCGGUACUCUCACCUUCUAAACUUAAACAAAGAGAAAUGUAUGGUUCCCCCAAAAGAACACCUUCACCAGUGUUAGGAAUAAACAAAGAGAAAGAGGAGUCAGAAAGAAAAAUGAGGGAAGCAGAGGAAAAGAAAAUGAAAGAAGAGAAAGAAGAGGCAGAGAGGAAAAUAAGGGAAGAGGCAGAAAAGAAGGAAAAGGAAUUGAAAGAGAAAGAAGAGAGGGAAAAGAGGGAGAAAGAAGAGAAAGAGAAAGAAGAGAGGGAAAGGAGGGAGAAAGAAGAGAAAGAGAAAGAAGAGAGGGAAAAGAGGGAGAAAGAAGAGAAAGAAGAGGCUGAGAGAAUACUGAGGGAAGAAAAAGAAAGGAAGGAGAAAGAACAGAAAGAACAGGAGAUGAGAGAAAAGGAGAAAGAGGAGAGAGAGAGGAAGGAGAAAGAAGAAAGAGAGAAGAAGGAAAGGGAAGAGAGGGAAAAGUUGGAGCAAGAGGAAAGAGAAAGGAAAGAGAAAGAGAAGAAAGAAAGAGAGGAAAAGGAAAGGAUAGAAAAAGAGUUGAGAGAGAAGGAAGAGAAAGAAAAGCUAGAGAAGGAACUCAAAGAAAAGGAGGAGAAAGAGAAGAUAGAAAAGGAGCUGAAAGAGAAGGAAGAGAGGGAGAAAGUGGCAGAGAUGGAGAAAAAGGUUGCAGAGGAGAAAGCAGCCGCGGAGACUGUGGAGAAAGAGGCAGACAAACCUGCAGAGGCUGAGAAGGGGCAAGAGGAAGGUGAGGAGGACAUGUUAGAGAAAGCAGUGGCAGGAGCAGCGAUGGUAAAGGAGAUCCCAGAGACUCGCGCUGCCAUCGAAUCAGUGGUGACGGUCGAAGAUGAUUUUAUCACUGUGGUCCAGACCAUCGAUGAAGCAGAUGAGCCUGGACACAGUGUUCGUUUCUCUGCUCCACCUGAGGCUGAGGCCCUUUGUGUUGCUGCCCAGAAAGAGGAAGAAGAGGACGAGGAGGAGUCUGUAGAGUUAGCCCAAGAAGCAGACAUUGAGGCUGCAAGUCUAGAAGAGGUGGGUGAGGUUCCUGAGGCCCCUGCCACCCCUGAGAAGGAGGCUCAAACCAUAGAAACUGAAGGACAGACAGAAAGCUACGAUAGAGAUGAAACCACAAUGGACGACUCCAUCCUUGACAGCUCCUGGGUCGACACACAAGAUGAUGAUAAGAGUAUGGCGACAGAGCAGAUUGAGCCUUUGCCCAAGGUGCUCAGCCCAGUCAAAAAGCCUGGCGUGGUCCAGAACAAGCAGACACAACUGAAGAAGACGGAGAAACAGGAGAAGCCGGUCAAACCAAAGGCCAAGGGAGGGCGGCCUAAAGGCAGAAUCUCCACACCAGAGCGCAAACCUGUCCGCAAAGAACCUGUCUACAUCCCCAGAGAGGAAGUCAAGAAGAAAAAAGCUGUGAUAAGGAAAGCCGACCUUACCAAAAAAAUGGAGACUCAGAGUCAAUCUCCGUCCAAGAGGAGUGUGGUAAAACCAGCCGUCCGGCAGACCCGCCCCACUCAGCACCACUCCUGUCCCAGAAGGAGAACCACAGAGGGGCUACCAGACAGUCGUCAGCCUCUCAGUGUUGCCAGACAGUCCCGCGACAGAGCAUCGUGCCAUGCCCAUCGUUUGCGACUAACAAAGAUCCCCACCUCCAUAUCCAGAGCGGCUGCCUCAUUAGAUAGACCUCGCCCGUCCUCAGCAGAGCCUCAAGGCUCUCCAGUAUUACAGAGACUCAUAGCCAAGGAUGGUGGGUCAUGGAGCCCUGAGAAGAGGUCCUCUGUGCCGCGGCAUGGCUCCAUUCUGAGUCGCCGCCCAUACCAUGACCACGAGGAGAGCUCCACUUCCAUCACCAGUUCCGGCUCCACGGCUCCCCGCAGACCCACAUCGUUUCGCCCAGAGAUGAGGGCAGAGCAUAGGACAGGACGAGCACCUAGCAUGACAGUUACAGAAUCAAUGCGCUCCCGUUCGGCUCGCAGUGGCCACUCUACCCCCCGCACCCCUGGCUCCACAGCCAUCACCCCAGGAACCCCUCCCAGCUACUCAUCGUCCUCAAGAACCCCUGGAACCCCACGCUCCCUUAGCUUGAUUUCCCAGGAGAGGAAGGUGGCCGUUAUUCGCACCCCACCCAAGUCACCUGCAACCACGCCCAAGCAGCUCCGCAUCAUCAACCAGCCACUGCCUGACUUCAAGAACAUCAAGUCUAAGAUCGGCUCCACAGAGAAUAUCAAGUAUCAGCCCAAAGGAGGACAGGUUCUCAUCCCCAGUGUUAAGCUGGACUAUAGCCAUGUUCAGUCUAGGUGUGGGUCCUUGGACAGGCGGGGCUACUCGGCAGGAGGUGGAAACGUGAUGAUACAGAACAAGAAGAUUGACUUGAGCCACGUGACCUCCAAGUGUGGCUCUCUAGACAACAUCCAUCAUCGGCCAGGGGGCGGUAACGUGCGUAUAGAGACUGUGAAGUUGGACUUCAAAGACAAAGCCCAAGCCAAGGUGGGUUCUCUGGAAAAUGCGCACCACACUCCUGGUGGAAGCCGUGUCAUGAUUGAGACCCACAGGCUGUCGUUUCGCGAUCACGCCAAGGCACGAGUGGACCACGGAGCUGACAUCGUUGUCCAGUCGCCGGGCCUGUCUGGCUCGGUGUCUCCCCACCGCCACCGGGACAGCCACCUAUCAUCCUCCGGCAGCCUCAACAUGCUAGAGUCACCGCAGUUAGCAACCUUAGCUGAGGAUGUCACUGCAGCUCUGGCCAAGCAGGGUUUGUGAACACUGGAUCUCUGGGUUCCUGCUCUGCACCCUGGACAUCCUCGUCCUGACUGAUCCCUUCAAACUUUUCUGCCCACUCCUGCCACCCCGAGGCCAACCUCAGCUAAACCACAGCCUCUAAACAUCUCCACUUCCAGAUCCAUCACUCAACUCUUAAGUAGAGACUCGAAUUAGGAGCUACUGUACUUUGAUCUUCUUUAUUUCCCAAAUAUGUGCUAUUUCUGGUUUCGUUGGCCUCUCUCUCUUUUUGAAUGAUGUUGCAUAGAAUAGUUCAGUCUGAGCACUGGUCCUAGACAGUGGCAUAUACAAAGUGGGUGACCAGGUGAUGGCUUAACUGGUCCUGGAUCAGUGUUAUGAAGAAGCUACAGCCUUUUUUUCUACAUUAAAUAAGAAGUAAUGUGGCCAGCACACCGUGCAGCACGUGUUGUUCUUGCUCAGUAAACGUGCAUGGACGCCAAACCCCCACUAACAAACCAAGCAUCCUUACUGCAAGUCAUUCUUGUCAUCCAAUAUAUAAUAUAUUUAACAAAUAUAUAUAGAAACAUGUAUAAAAAAAUACAAGUUCUUUGCCAUCUACAUGUCCGAAAAACAUUUUAAAAGGAAGUGACAAUAUG